CCAGUCUGGGACAACCUGAUGUGCUGGCCUCACUACGUCAGAGCAGGAGAAAAUGUGACACAGCCAUGUCCCAGUUACAUUCAGGGAUUUAACCGACUCGAGAAAGCACUCCGGUUUUGUAAGGAGGACGGGACAUGGCAGACACAUCCCAGUGAUAAAAUCAACAGUUCUUGGACAGACUUCAGACAUUGCAUGAAGGAAUCAGACCACACUGAGCACAUGCCAAUUGUGAUCCAGAUUUCAACUAUCGGAUAUUCCCUAUCACUAGGGACGCUUAUAGUAGCCACAACGAUCAUGGUGCUCUUCAGGCAAGUUAUAUUAUAA